AUGGCCGCCACCGCCGCGCUCAUCGCCCUAAUCGUCCUCGCCGGCACCACCUCCCACUCCGAGGCCGCAUCAUCGGCUGCAGGCGAGAAAACGACGCACAUCAAGCUCUACUGGCACGACGUGGUGAGCGGGCCGAGCCCGACGGUGGUGCAGGUGGCGCACGCGGCGUCGACCAACGCCUCCAAGACGGGCUUCGGCGGCGUGGUGGUCAUCGACGACCCGCUCACCGAAGGGCCGGCGCUCACCUCCUCCAGGCUCCUCGGGCGCGCGCAGGGCACCUACAUCAGCGCCGGCAAGGACGACGUGUCGCUGUUCAUGAGCAUGAACUUCGUCUUCACCGCCGGCAGGUACAACGGCAGCACCGUCGCCAUCAUGGGCCGCAACGCCGUCUUCAGCGCCGUGCGGGAGAUGGCCGUCGUCGGCGGCACGGGGGUCUUCAGGUGGGCGCGAGGGUACGCGCAAGCCAGGACGCACACCUUCGACUUGAAGACCGGCGACGCCACCGUCGAGUAUAACGUAUUCAUCAAACACUAGUCAGUCACUGCUGCUAGUUCCACGUUGGUUUGAAUAUUUGAUUCGUACGCGUUGAUGCGCGAA